AUGUAUAUCUUUCCCCCUAACCCUGAUACACAUCCCUCCCCUAACCAUGAUACACAUCCCUCCCCUAACCAUGAUACACAUCCCUCCCCUAACCAUGAAACACAUCCCUCCCCUAACCAUGACACUCAUCCCUCCCCUAACCAUGACACUCAUCUUUACAAAUACUCAUCCUACCGCUAUAAUCUCAUCCUCGCCGCCCACCUCUUCUCUAUCCUUGUAACCGCUUGA